AUGUUCAAGUUUGGCCCAAAGACCACACCAGCCGAUAACAGCGAGAAAAUCAAAAGUUUCCGCAAAUUGGGUGACAAAGAAGCGUACUACCUAGCUCUUCAUAAACUAGAUCGCCAUCGCAACAAAUCUAUCACCUGUCGCUACACAUCAUCCCCGAACCAUUCAUCCAAUCCCAACCGUCUCAUACGUAUGUUCGAAACCGCUAUGAUCGAAGUAAUUCUCCUUCAUUCAAUCUUACAAGCUGUAACAGUUGAUGCGGACUCUAAAAAUCCAGCGUGGAAACAGCUACAACAUUUAAAUCUAAAUGAACAUCUCACAUGGCGUUUUUUGCAAACACCCGAGGAUUUCGAUGAUGUUUCGAGAGAACUCACUCUUUCCGAAAUCGAUAGCAAUUUUUAUGAAAUUGAAGAAAAACCAGGGUGGAGAGUUGUUGUAUUAUAUCAAGAAAGAAUUAAUCUAAUAGAAGUACAUUUUACGUGGAGUCAAGUGUAUGGCGAUGGAAUCAGCGGGAGCAUCUUCCAGGAAGAUUUAUUUCGACCUCUUAAAAUGACAGUUCAGCAUGAUGCCACUGGAGAUAACACCACAGCAGCUUCUCUCAUUCCACUUCAUCCAACUCCAAUCCUCCCGCCACCAGUCGAGAAACUCCAUAAAUUUUCUCUCGGUAUAUCUUUCCUCGCCAAAACUCUCUGGGAAUCAUUCCAUCCAGCAGCUAUAUCACGGAAAACAUUGACUCUAGCUCACUGGGCACCCAUCCAUCUCAUCCCAUACUCCACCCAACAUCGCUCAUUCUUCAUCUCCAGAACCACACUCCACGAUAUUCACGUCGCAUGUCGCAAGAAAAAAAGUACACUUAUCAGUCUUCUGCACGCACUCAUGACUAUCUCACUAGCGUCACAAUUAGACGAUAACACAGCAUCUGCAUUUCAAAGUUGUACGACGCUGGAUAUGCGAAGAUUCAUACCGUCUAUUUCCUCGAGGUCCAGCUGGGCAGGAUUGAAUGUAGAGAGAAUGAUGGGGAAUUACGAGACUUCAGUUUCGCAUGACUUUGAUAAGAGACUUAUAGCCCAGCUACGCGAUAAAAUCCCCGGAGAUGGCAAUCAGGAUUUACUUCUGUCACCCAGACAGCUGAGACAGAUUUGGAGAAUUGGUGCAGGUAUUCGUGGAGAAAUUGAAAGGGGGAUAGCGAGGGGUUUGAAGAAUGAUUCUGCAGAAGCAAUAAAAUUCAUAGAAAAUCAGCGACAACGAAUAAAAAACGCGGCUCAAAAACCCAGAAAAUUCUCAUGGUCAAUCACAGAUGCUGGGACCUUCGACGGAAAAUCUAAAAUCGAUAAUGAGAGUCAGAUAUCGCCUGCGGAAGCCGAGCAGGAAGAAGAAAAUGAAUGGAUACUUCAUCGAGCGGGAUUCGCAUCGAGUGCGGAGACUACGGGUCCGGCUUUUGUGAUCUCGCUUAUUAGUGUCAAGGGAGCGGGAUUACCUGUGGGUGUUAGUUGGCAGGAUUUUGUCUGUGAUGUUGAAAUGGGAGAGCGAGUUGCAGAUGAUUUGAAGAAGUGGCUUGAGCAGAUUGCAGAAGAAGCGUAUCCGUGA